CCAGACUUUCCAAAUGUUUCAGUCUGUUUUAACGGGUCUGUAUAAGAUUUUAGAAUUUAAAAAGGACACGUUGGCUUUCACAUGUUAAGCAAAAUGUGCGGACGCAUAUUUCUACAGAACGCGUGCCCACAAGCAGUUUUGAAUUCUGCUGUGCGGCUAUAACCCAGCUUGAAGGAGCGUAUAAACCAACUGGACUGUCAACUAGGAGGCAGCUUUCAAUUAUUCCCCAUAUAAAGUAAUUGAAAAAAAAAAAUGGUGUUUUAUUUUUUUUUCUCCAAAGGUAUUUUCAAUAUUUUGUGCAUGAAAGGGUUGCACAAUAAAUGCAUUAGUUAAUAUCUACAUCUUGUAAGUAGUUUUCACAAAUGCAUUCCCUUCCCUCCUAAUAGCUUCUGCACUGCAGUGUCACCCCUGUCACCCAUCGUCAGCAUCUGCAGGAUUCGCAACCCCUGGAGUAAAGCGUUUGGCGCGGUGCCCGGUUCCACCCUUCUCUCGUCGCCAAUCAUCCGCCACACUCCGGAUCCUCAUCUCUCUGCAAUUGGGACAGGAAAAGAUGGAGGGUGGGCUACAGAGAAAGACAAAACGUGACGAGGCACCAAAGCGCGCUGUUAUGCAACCACUGACCUACUAACAUACAUUUGAGAGAACUGUGGCGCUGCCCGCUAAGCACUACGUGAACGUCUACUCCGUGAAAUACAAGAUACGAGCCCUCCGAGAGACAGAACACUGCGCCCCGAACCGAACCCGAACCCGAACCGCGACUCAGACUCGGCACCAGCCUGCUUUCGGGAAAUAAAUACAACCGAUUGAAAUACACCAGCGAGGGCAGAAAAUUGUGGACUUUCUUAAACACAUUUUUCUUUUGCCAAACAGAUCUGUCCCGUUGGCUCUCUUUUGGAAGAAGUUCCUUCACAAGACUAGAACUUCAGGAACUGUUUUCUGAAUCCUGGUUAUCCACAAGAAGGACCUGGAUAAGAUCGAUUGUUUUCCUGGGAAAUAAAGGCUACAAAAUAAAAUCCAACCUGCUAAAUACACACAGACCAAGACACACAACACCUGUCUUUGAGAACACAGCACUGAACCUCAACAAAUCCAACCCUACAUAAAUGAGGACUAACUUUGUAGAAUAUCAGCUCCUUCUGAUGUCCCUGGCAAGCCUCGACACUUGAACUGCUGUUGAAAAAUUCUACAGAAAAUCAUUGCGAGUCAAUGAGGUUCCUCUUACCCAAUAUAUCUCAUCCCGUUACUAAUUUAGAAACCUGUAGAUUACUGGAAACCAGUUUCUCUCCUCUUCUAGGUCUAUCUCGAUGCCAUGAAUGAGUCAUCGGAUCAGACAAUGGAAGGCCUGCACUCUCCUGCCAUGAGCAUUGCUGACAGUUACUAUGAAGAGAGGCUCGGAUCCCCGCCCCCUUCCGGGCUCCUCAAAUCCAAACCCAGCAUGAGCUGCCGACGCAAGCGGGAAUUCAUCUCGGACGAGAAGAAAGACGCCUCCUACUGGGAGAAGAGACGCAAGAACAACGAAGCCGCCAAGCGCUCCCGGGAAAAGCGCCGCCUCAACGACGUGGUCUUGGAGAAGCGCGUGCUGGCCUUGAACGAGGAGAACGUGAGCCUCAAGACCGAACUGCUGCAGCUCAAGCUGCGCUUUGGGCUGAUCAGCGCCUCCUCCUACGUGGAGAAGAGCCAGCAGCUGAGCGCCAGCUCCAUCGACCGCUACUUCUCUUCCAGCGGCUACUCCAGCGGCUCCAGGGUCGUGCUCCACUCCGAUUCCUCCGAGGCUGAGCAGUCGAGCCAGGGCAGGGGGAUCGCCCCUCUGGCGAAGUACUCCCCCCGCGGCUCCCUCUCCGAUAUGUCUGACGGUUCUUCCAGGGACAGCCCUGAACCUAUGAACUACGACCUGAAACCAUCCCACAUGGACCUCUCCCCUUCCCCCUCCUCCUCCUCCUCCUCCUCGGAGCAGGAGAACCCUCCGAUGAUGUUCCGGAGUUCAUCCUACCCACGCAGCCACCACCACGAAACAGAAACGGGUUUCCAUCACGGGCAGACGCCCCCCCACAGAGGUGUGAUCCUCUACCGAACCAACGGCAGCUCUUACCUAGUGGAACCCCCACAAGACUCGGAGCAACAGCACCAGCAACCAGCCUCCCUGGAGCAGCUCGACGCAAGCCAGGCUCUCUCCGAUUGCCCGUACCCAGCUCCCCGGCCCCAAAUCCCAGCACCUGCAGCUCCCCUUCCCUACGAACUUUCAAAUCUGGAAGGGCAGGGGGCCUACAGUCGCCCGUCCCCGGCGCGUUCCUACGCGGAGGACCUCUUGAAACCCAGCUCCACAGCCUUCGAGCACUCCUACCCCAGCCCCCAAGACGAGGGCCCCCCAUCCCACAGCUACGCAGACAGGAGGCACGUCUAUUUCCACGAAGCCUCCGCUAAAGAUUGUCCCUCCACCUCCUCCAGCAAGGGCAAUCCCAAGAGCUCUGAUAAAGACGCAUCCACCGACGAAGACUCCCCGGCGUCCUGUCCAGAGAUCGGAGGCUACCACUGCCUGUCCGCCCUACCUCUGUCCCCGUUCCCCCAAACCGACUCCCAAACGGAGAUCAAAGCCACCGCCUUGCCACACAAAUUGCGGCUCAAGUACCGGGCGCUUGGCAAUAACUUAGAGGCUCCCGUUCUGCCGCAGCACCCCUACCUGGUGCUCACUCACGGCAACCAGCAAGCGGGCAGCGAGAGGGACGACCGCAGCGAGGACCCCGCGGGGAAAGAAGAUGCCUACCAGACACCAGUCGGGUUCUGCAAACCGCGAGAAGGGGAGUCGGAAAGGUGGGCGGUCUCGCGGAUUAAAAGGCGCGACUAGAUUCUAAAGACACUAAGCCCACCUGGUAAGGUCAAGGUGUUGCUGGCACUGUCAUACACUACACAGCACUUGAGUGUUUUCUCUGCUGCAGAAGGAUUAGGGGGUGAGGGAUGCGAAAAAGGGAACUGAAAAGUCCUUUCACAGACAUCUUUGGAAUUAGCCAGGUAAAGCUAACAAGACUUUCCCAGACCAAGUUGACUUUUUUACCUGACAUUACGGGAACGUUUCCUUGACCAAAGAAACCAGUUCCAUCCCCCCCCCCCACCCCCAUGCCUCCUAAAAUGUGUUUUUAUUUUAUUUUUUAAUUUUUUUUACAAGCACUUGGAUUGUAAAUUUUAAUGUCAUAUAUAUUUUAAGAAAAAAAAAACAUAAGAAAAAAAAAAAAUAAGGUAACGGAAGAUGAGUGAAUCGGGCCGUUGUGUGGAGAUAUUGUCCUGGAGUUUAACUUUGACUGCCACCAACCCACAGAAAUGCCACCGAGUGUGUUCCAGGCAGAGCCCUUCACAAACUGGUGAGGUAGCGAGGGACUGGAGCAGGCUCGUACCUGUGUGGUACGGUCGUUCUACAUUAUUCGAAACAGUUCUUAGAAAACUGCCAGCUUUGACCAGUUUAAACCCACUGUCUGCACCGCUGGCUAUUUCUAGGGUUUGUGAUGUUCGUUUUGGGGGAGUGGGGGGGGG